UUCCUCAUCGCCAACGCCCAGAUGGAGAACUGCACCAUCAUCUACUGCAAUGAUGGCUUCUGUGAGAUGUUUGGCUACUCCCGCGUGGAGGUGAUGCAGCGACCCUGCACCUGCGACUUCCUCACCGGCCCCGACACCACGAAGAGCUCCAUUGCGCAGCUCACCCAGGCCCUGCUCGGCUCCGAGGAGUGCAAGCUCGAGAUCCUCUACUACCGCAAAGACACCUCGUGUUUCCGCUGCCUGGUGGACGUGGUGCCGGUGAAGAAUGAGGACGGCGUUGUCAUCAUGUUCAUCCUCAACUUCGAGGACCUGGCACAGCUCAUCGCCAAGAGCGCCAGUCGGAGCCUGCACCAGCGCCUGUCGCAGAGCUGGCGCGGAGGUCAAGGUAGGAGGUUGAAGUUUAGUCUCCCGUCCCUGCGGCGACUCAAAAUCCAGCGGAAAUCUCUGCCCACCAGUGAGUUUGAUGGAGUAGCCAUUGACUAUGGAAAGCCUGGUGGUGACUCCCUGAUUUUGAGGGACUUGAAGACAUCGCCCAAGGAGAACUGUGUGCAGUCAGAGACUGAAUCCCUCCUGGAAAAGGAGCGGAGGCCGAGCCUGGAGGCCGACCCCACCCUACAACACUCGUCCCCGAAACAAGAGCCUCCCUUGCUGGGCCCGCGAGGGUCGUACUCUUCGUGGGGUUUCUUUCGGUCUCGCCCUGGGGGCAGCUUCCACAGCCUCCGCAGGGUCUCCUCCUUGGACAACUUUGAGGCUGCGAGGUCUGAGUUCCAGAGAAAAUUCAGGGAAAGGAGGGCAAACUCAGAGACUUCCCACGUCAAACCCAACCCCCCGAACUCCACCUCGGACUCGGACCUCAUGAAGUACCGGACCAUCAGCCAGAUCCCCCAGUUCACACUCAACUUCGUAGAGUUCAACCUGGAGAAGCACCGCUCGGGCUCCACCACGGAGAUCGAGAUAAUUGCUCCCCACAAGGUGAUGGAGCGCACCCAGAAUGUCACCGAGAAGGUCACACAGGUGCUGUCCCUGGGUGCUGAUGUCCUUCCUGAGUACAAGCUGCAGGCACCACGCAUCCACCGAUGGACCAUCCUGCACUACAGUCCCUUCAAGGCUGUGUGGGACUGGCUCAUCCUUCUGCUGGUCAUCUACACAGCUGUCUUCACCCCCUACUCGGCUGCCUUCCUGCUCAACGAGGAGCAGGUGGAGGAGAAGCACUGGGACUGCAGCUACUCCUGUGACCCACUCAACAUCAUUGACCUCAUAGUGGACAUCAUGUUCAUUGUGGACAUUAUCAUCAACUUCCGCACCACGUACGUCAACAUCAACGACGAGGUGGUGAGCCACCCUGGCAAGAUUGCCAUCCACUACUUCAAGGGAUGGUUCCUCAUCGACAUGGUUGCUGCCAUCCCCUUUGACCUGCUUAUCUUCCGCUCCGGCUCUGAUGAGACCACCACGCUCAUUGGCCUCCUGAAGACCGCCCGGUUGCUGCGCCUGGUCCGCGUGGCCCGCAAGCUGGACCGCUACUCUGAAUAUGGAGCAGCCGUGCUCUUCCUGCUCAUGUGCACCUUCGCUCUCAUCGCCCACUGGCUGGCUUGCAUCUGGUACGCCAUCGGCAACGUGGAGCGGCCCUACAUGGAGCACAAGAUUGGCUGGCUGGACAACCUGGGUGACCAGAUUGGCAAGCGCUACAACGACAGUGACCUCUCCUCUGGCCCAUCCAUCAAGGACAAAUACGUCACUGCCCUCUACUUCACCUUCAGCAGCCUCACCAGCGUGGGGUUUGGCAACGUCUCACCCAACACCAACUCCGAGAAGAUUUUCUCCAUCUGUGUCAUGCUUAUUGGCUCUCUUAUGUACGCCAGCAUCUUUGGCAAUGUCUCCGCCAUCAUCCAGCGCCUGUACUCGGGCACGGCCCGCUACCACACACAGAUGCUGCGGGUUAAGGAGUUCAUCCGCUUCCACCAGAUCCCCAACCCCCUGCGUCAGCGCCUGGAGGAGUAUUUCCAGCACGCCUGGUCCUACACCAAUGGCAUCGACAUGAAUGCGGUGCUGAAGGGUUUCCCUGACUGCCUGCAGGCAGACAUCUGCCUCCACCUCAACCGCACGCUGCUCCAGAACUGCAAGGCUUUCCGAGGAGCCAGCAAAGGCUGCCUGCGCGCUCUGGCCAUGAAGUUCAAGACAACACACGCACCGCCCGGAGACACCCUGGUGCACUACGGAGAUGUCCUCACCACACUCUACUUCAUCUCCCGGGGCUCCAUCGAGAUCCUCCGGGAAGACAUUGUGGUGGCCAUCUUAGGGAAGAACGACAUCUUUGGGGAGCCCAUCAGCCUCUACGCCCGCCCAGGGAAGUCCAACGCUGAUGUGAGGGCCCUGACGUACUGCGACUUGCACAAGAUCCAGCGGGAGGACCUGCUGGAGGUCUUGGACAUGUACCCAGCCUUCUCUGACAACUUCUGGAGCAACUUAGAGAUCACUUUCAACCUGCGAGAUGCAGACAGCGUUCCCCGCUCACCACUCAGCGAGGAGUAUGACUGCACCUACCGGCGGACGCGCCGACGCAAGCAUUCCCUUUGCCAGCCCAACAAGCCUGACCCAGACACGGGCAUCUCUGAUGCAGAGCAGUAUCACACCUACUCAGAGCUCACCAACCCGCAGGACCCACUGAGUAAGGACCAGUGGGACGACCUGGGCAGCAGCACCACUCCCUGCUCCCAGACCAGUGAUGACAAGGCCAAGACUGGCAGCCCUACGAAAGCUGAGCCCUUCCCCACAUCCAAAAAGGAUGACUUUGCUCUGCCCACGCUCAGCCUCAUCACCACCAACACUGGCGGCACGGAGGUCGGCAAGCAGGCGGCAGAGAGCAGCCAGUCCUACGCAGCCACCCCCCUGGACAUCCCCAACAUGUUCACCUUCUGGGAGGACCAAAGGCCGAACCACCACUUGGAGCCUUUGCAACACAUCUCCUUGGUGCACAGCUCACGGGACAUCCCCCUGCACAGCGACUACAGACCGGGGCAGAUCGAGUCCAGGCUGGAGCUCCUGCAGGCCCAGCUAAGCAGGCUGGAGUCCAGGAUGUCGUCAGACAUUAAUAUAAUCCUCCAGCUCCUGCAGCGCCAGCUGUCCCAAGUGCCACCCGCAUACAGCCCCAUCUCACCGUCCUCCCACAACCUGGCCAUGUACGGCAUCCUCCCGCGGAGCCUGGAGCCGCUCGCCCCCUGCGCACCCCUGGAGGAGCAGGAGACAACAACCCCGGAGCAGAGCCUGAGCUACACGGAGGUAGAAAAGUUCCACUUGAAAUCCAGGGACUCCUUGUCAAGAGGGAUGCACCUCGCUGUGGCAUCCGAUGAGACCAUGACGGUCUACUCCGAGCAGGAGCACCAUUCCCCACCUCUCCCGAACCCAGAGCCUCCCCACCAAAGGGCACCAAAUACCCAGGGACUCUUCUGGGGCUGUCGUUUCCCUUCCCUCCCUGAGCACUUGGAGGCAUCUUCCGAGCACCAGGACAUUCAGAGACACCUCUCCGACCCAGUGCUUCCUGGAAGUUAG